AGGCAGGCUCUGUGCUCCACUGGUCUAUGCCUGGAAUCCCCAGGGCUUAGUGAGUGUCCUUCUGCUCCAGGGCUCAGAGAGAGCGAGGCACUUGCCCAAGGUUACAAGGCCUGCCUGCAGUGACCGAGGCCCUUAGCCACCGCCGGAGGAGCUUGGACUUUUAUCCUGCAGGCCAAGGGGAGCCACAGAAGGGUUUUUAAAGUAGGGGACAGCAUGUGCCUUUAAAAAAAUAGUUUUUUAUUUUUAGAAAGAGAAACUCCCAGAAUGGCUAAUACUUAACUUGGGGGCCUGAAUCAUCCUCAGGGAAGUUGGACUUUGUGGGUGGGGCAAGUAAGGGGCUGCCUAGAGCCACUCAAGUCCUUCCAUCGUGUGAGGUGGGUACUGGCACCUCAUUCAUACCUGCCGGGGCUGCGGCCCAGCCAGGGGCAUGGGGAGCCCACAGCGGUGUUCCUGUUCCCCACACCACCCCGCUGGAAAUGCCACUGGUCUGGAGUCAGGAGGGAAGGCUGUGUGCCCCGUCCACCCCCCAUGGCUGUUGGAGGGUACCAGCCCUGUGCCCAGGGGAGGAGAGCCAGAGGAGGUGCUUUGUGGCAGCCCCAGACCAGGAAGUAGCCAUGGCCCUCCCCCUCCUGAGGCAUUUCCUCCAGAUGAAAUCACAUCCCCAGCAGGGGAACAGGCCCCCAUUGUGAAGGCUGGGGUCUCAAGAGAAAGGGUGCCUUUCAGGUCCUUAAAAAUAGCAGCCCUGAGAUGUCUGAAUCCACAUGGAGUGGAGUGGCCCACCCACCCCCAGCAGCAGCAUGGGCCCUGGCCCCCCGCCCCUCACCGUGACCUGUUGGUGACCAGCUGGAAAGUCCACUCACCCAGGCAGGGGAGGGCAGCUGGUCUAGCAGAGGGCUCAUACACCACCCCUACCCCCACCCUGAGACCAGUGCUGGCAUUAUCCAGCCUGGCUGGGGCCUCCGCGGAUGGUUUCUCACAUGGUCCUCACCAGAACCUUAACAGGUCUGGCCUGAUGAGUAUGGGUGCGGAGCUACGGUGCCUCUGCAGGGACCAGGCUGACCAGCCUCUCAGUGACUUCAGCUGUGUGAGGGGCCCUGAGCCCCGUAUUUUUAAGGCUGUGCCCACUGGCCAGGGGAGACUUGGCCACUUCCUUCCCAAGUGAUGCUGGUCUCCAUUUCCCCGGAGUCGUCACUGGGGAGAGGAGGACUUGCCACCAGCCCUGGACCAGGUGCCAUGAGGUGAGCACCAGGCCCGCUGAGCCUCUGCAGAGCUGCCAGCCAUGCCCGGGAUCGUGGUGUUCCGGCGGCGCUGGUCUGUGGGCAGCGAUGACCUCGUCCUGCCGGCUAUCUUCCUCUUCCUCCUGCACACCACCUGGUUUGUGAUCCUGUCCGUGGUGCUCUUUGGCCUGGUCUACAACCCGAAUGAGGCCUGCUCCCUGAACCUGGUGGACCAUGGCCGCGGCUACCUGGGCAUCCUGCUGAGCUGCAUGAUCGCCGAGAUGGCCAUCAUCUGGCUGAGCAUGCGCGGGGGUAUCCUCUACACGGAGCCCCGUGAGUCCAUGCAGUACGUGCUCUACGUGCGCCUGGCCAUCCUGGUGAUCGAGUUCAUCUAUGCCAUCGUGGGCAUCGUCUGGCUCACUCAGUACUAUACCUCCUGCAACGACCUCACUGCCAAGAACGUCACCCUCGGGAUGGUCGUCUGCAACUGGGUGGUCAUCCUCAGUGUCUGCAUCACUGUCCUCUGCGUCUUUGACCCCACGGGCCGCACUUUUGUCAAGCUGAGAGCCACCAAGAGGAGGCAGCGCAACCUGCGGACCUACAACCUGCGGCACCGCUUAGAGGAGGGUCAGGCUACCAGCUGGUCACGCCGGCUCAAAGUGUUCCUCUGCUGCACUCGGACGAAGGACUCCCAGUCAGAUGCCUACUCAGAAAUUGCCUACCUCUUUGCUGAGUUUUUUCGAGACCUCGACAUCGUGCCCUCUGACAUCAUCGCUGGCCUGGUGCUGCUCCGGCAGCGGCAGCGGGCCAAGCGUAAUGCCGUGCUGGAUGAGGCAAACAAUGACAUCUUGGCCUUCCUCUCCGGGAUGCCAGUGACCAGAAACACCAAGUACCUCGACCUCAAGAACUCGCAAGAGAUGCUCCGCUACAAAGAGGUCUGCUACUACAUGCUCUUCGCCCUGGCCGCCUAUGGGUGGCCCAUGUACCUGAUGCGGAAGCCCGCCUGCGGCCUCUGUCAGCUGGCACGCUCCUGCUCAUGCUGCCUGUGCCCCACCCGGCCCCGAUUUGCCCCCGGAGUUACCAUUGAGGAAGACAACUGCUGUGGCUGCAAUGCCAUUGCCAUCCGGCGCCACUUCUUGGAUGAGAACAUGACCUCAGUAGACAUCGUCUACACGUCCUGCCAUGAUGCGGUCUAUGAAACCCCCUUCUACGUGGCAGUGGACCAUGACAAGAAGAAGGUGGUGAUCAGUAUCCGGGGAACCCUGUCCCCCAAGGACGCCCUGACUGACCUGACUGGGGAUGCUGAGCGCCUCCCAGUGGAGGGGCACCACGGCACCUGGCUGGGACACAAGGGAAUGGUCCUCUCGGCUGAGUACAUCAAGAAGAAGCUGGAGCAGGAGAUGGUCCUGUCCCAGGCCUUCGGGCGAGACCUGGGCCGUGGAACCAAACACUAUGGCCUGAUUGUGGUGGGCCACUCCCUGGGUGCAGGCACCGCUGCCAUCCUUUCCUUCCUCCUGCGGCCCCAGUACCCCACCCUCAAGUGCUUCGCCUACUCCCCACCAGGAGGCCUGCUGAGUGAGGAUGCCAUGGAGUACUCCAAGGAAUUCGUGACGGCGGUGGUGCUGGGCAAAGAUCUCGUCCCCAGGAUCGGCCUCUCCCAGCUGGAAGGCUUCCGCAGGCAGCUCCUGGAUGUCCUGCAGCGAAGCACCAAGCCCAAAUGGCGAAUCAUUGUGGGGGCCACCAAAUGCAUCCCCAAGUCGGAGCUGCCUGAGGAGGUAGAGGUGACCACCCUGGCCAGCACACGGCUCUGGACGCACCCCAGCGACCUGACCAUCGCCCUGUCAGCCAGCACCCCUCUCUACCCGCCCGGCCGCAUCAUCCACGUGGUCCAUAACCACCCUGCGGAGCAGUGCUGCUGCUGUGAACAGGAGGAGCCCACGUACUUCGCCAUCUGGGGUGACAACAAGGCCUUCAAUGAGGUGGUCAUCUCGCCAGCCAUGCUGCAUGAGCAUCUCCCCUACGUGGUCAUGGAGGGGCUCCACAAGGUGCUAGAGAAUUACAACAAGGGGAAGACAGCCCUGCUCUCUGCAGCUAAGGUCAUGGUGAGCCCCACCGAGGUGGAUCUGACUCCUGAGCUCAUCUUCCAGCAGCAGCCACUGCCCACAGGGCCACCCGUGCCUGCCGGCCUCGCCCAGGAGCUGCCCACUGGAGACCACCGAAACAGCGUCAGGAGCAAGUCCCAGUCUGAUCUGAGCCUGGAGGGCUUCUCGGAGGGGUGGCUGCUGUCCCCAGCGGCCACAGCCGCUGCAGCCCGCCAGGACCCCGUGGAGCUGCUCCUGCUGUCCACCCAGGAGCGGCUGGCGGCAGAGCUGCAGGCCCGGCGGGCGCCGCUGGCCACCAUGGAGAGCCUCUCGGACACGGAGUCCCUGUACAGCUUUGACUCCCGCCGCUCCUCGGGCUUCCGCAGCAUCCGCGGCUCGCCCAGCCUCCACGCCGUGCUGGAGCGCGACGAGGGCCACCUCUUCUACAUCGACCCUGCCAUCCCCGAGGAAAACCCGUCCCUGAGCUCACGCACGGAGCUGCUGGCGGCCGACAGCCUGUCCAAGCACUCGCAGGACACGCAGCCCCUGGAGGCCGCCCUGGGCAGCGGGGGCGCCACCCCGGAGCGGCCCCCCAGCGUGGUGGCCAAUGAGGAGGAGGGAGAGGAGGGCGGGGGGGCGGACGGGGGGGCCCCCCAAGGGGAGCUGGCGCUGCACAACGGGCGCCUGGGGGACUCGCCCAGCCCUCAGGUGCUGGAGUUCGCGGAGUUCAUCGACAGCCUCUUCAACCUAGACAGCAAGAGCAGCUCCCUCCAGGACCUCUACUGCAUGGUGGUGCCCGAGAGCCCCACCAGCGACUACACCGAGGGCCCCAAGUCCCCCAGCCAGCAAGAGAUCCUGCUCCGCGCCCAGUUCGAGCCCAAUCUGGUGCCCAAGCCCCCGCGGCUCUUCACCAGCUCUGCCGACCCCUCCUCCGGCAUCUCGCUCUCGCCCUCCUUCCCGCUCAGCUCCUCGGGUGAGCUCAUGGACCUGACGCCCUCGGGCCUCAGCAGCCAGGAGUGCCUGGCAGCGGACAAGAUCCGGACUUCGACCCCCACCAGCCAUGGGGCCAGCCCUGCCAAGCAGGAUGACUUGGUCAUCUCGGCACGCUAGCACCCAGGAGCAGCCCCGCUGAGGCCCAGGCCCCAGCAGGUGGCCCUGCAGGCUUCUGAUGGCUGCCCCCAGGACUGGGCAGCCUUGAGGAGAGGCCCCCAGGGGCCAGUUUAGCCUCAGGCAUGGGGCACUGCUGCUGAGCUGGGGGUCCGUAUCCCUACCUCAGCUUAGGACCCCCAGAACCAAGGCAGCUGGGAUGUGGGCCCUUCGGAUAGGAGAGGAAUGUGGAGUGGGGAGGAGCCUGAGGCAGCCUGCCAGGUGGGCAGGGCAGCACUCCACCCUCUCAGUCUGACUGUGCCCCACAGGGGCAGCCUGGCAUCCCCCAUUCCAGGACAGGCAACGGGCAUGCCAUCAUCACUCCAUCACUGCCCUCUAGCAGCUUUCCCAGGACCAAGAUGGAGAGCAGCCCCCAUCCCACGUAUUCUCAUCUGUGGUCCAGGCUGGCAUCUGCCCUGGCCACCCCCCAGAUCUGGUGCCUGCUGGCCAGCCCCCUGGGGUGACCUCCCACCAAGGUGGUCUGCAGUGCUGUGUAUGUUUACAGAAGCUGCUGGGCUGGGCUCAGGAUGUUUCCUGGGCUUACAGGCCCUGCUCCCCAAUCACAAGUUCAGUAGCCCCCUGUCUGAGCAGGGCAGGGACCAGCCUCCACGAGGCCCAAGGCAGCCAUGGGGCCAGGAGGGGCCCGGAGGAGGAUGGGGUCAGGCCUGCCCCUUCUCUGCUUGGUGCCCCUCAUGCUGAUUCCCUCUGUCAAUGGGUUGUGGGCACCCGGGCCUGCCCCACCCUCCCAUUACUUCCCAGCUAGCCUUCUACCCCAAGGGAUCCUGGCCACUCAAAGGGUGUGUUCACCCCGGCUGCAGAGCCAGUGCCCUGGGGGAAGGAGGGCAGCCAAAUCCCUCUUCCUCUGAGGGUCCCAUGUAAGCCCUUUAUAUCACCUCCCCACUCCCCCAUGCCCAGGCAGCCCCAGGCCCUAGGAUCUGAAACCAAACGCGCCGCCACUCCCCUCAGCAGCCUCUCCUUGCUGGUCUGGGCUCUGUCCUGGGAACAGGAUUUUCUUCCCUCCCACCCUCAGUAUUCCUGUUGGCAGGAAGUAGGGCCAAGAGUGGAGUAUUGUGGGGUCUGGAUGGAAACGCUCUGCUCAGUGCCGGGGGGAGUGGGCCCAGUGGGGCUGAGGGCUGUGGGCUGUCCUGUUUAGCCUGAGACCUCCAGAGCUCCCACUUGGGUUCCUUUCCUGAUGGGUCAGAAAAGAGCUGAGAGGUGGAGACCAGCCUUUCCCCAGAGGCCGACUGGGGAAGAUUGUGCAUGCUGGCAUGGGGCAUGUGUGCAUGUGCGUGAGUGAGCGCCACCCCUGGGGAAGGAGCUGCCGGGCACCCACCCCACGCUCCCACCCUUGCCUGCCCACUGUCUCUUCCCAGCCUGCCAGGAAGACUAGCAAAUGUGAUGGGGGCCUGUGGGUGGGUGCAUUGGGGGCGUGGGGGUAGCACAGGACAGUGCAGUUUCGGACAUUGGCUGUCUCCCUCAUCUCACCUGCUGCUCUAACCCCUGGUGUAGAAAACGGGCAAGUGCUGAGGUAUUGCCUGCCUGCUUGUGCCUUGUCUCCUUGGAGGCGUGCUGCCCCAGCCCUGGCCAUGGCCUCCCCAGGUCUGCUAGGUUCCCCUGACCAAGACCCACAUCUCAUGAUCACUGGCAUCUGUGGCCUGCGUCCUGACCUCUACCCCACACCCAGCUGGGACUGGCCCAGAUUCUGCCCUGGGACGCCUGGCCACCCUGACGGAUGAAAGCAGAGACCUGGGAGCCGGCCCUCCCUCACUCUCUGACUCCCACCCCUCCCCUGACUCCAGGACCCUGCCCUAGCCGAGGGCCCCGGCUGCUGGCAUAGCCUAGGCCCAGCACAGAAGCAGGACAGAAUCAGUGACUCUUAGAGUUAAAAAAAAAAAGAGAAAUCAUAAAUCAGAGUUAAGUUCCAGCAGGCCCCCCCACAUCCCCACCCCACCCCCCUGCCAACAGCAAGGAGAGACUCGGUGUCUGGCCUUUUAAUUCCUCUUCUGCCAGGGUGAUUCCUGGGACCUCUAAGGGGGCAUGGCACCCACUAAGGCCCAGGACUGAGCCAUCAGGGACAGACUCCCCACCCCCAAGUCUGCCACCACACCGGGUUACAGGCUUGGGGCUGGGGCAGGCUUGGACUCAGCCCUGGAUGCCCCAGGUCAGCCCAUCCCUAAGCUGCCCUCUCCCCGCCCUGCCCCUGAAGGAUAGGCCUGCUCUGGGUCUCUCCCCUCCUCCCCACACUGCAACUGGGGGGUCUGAGCCACCCCCUGAGUCCAGCUCUGCUCAGACUGACCCCUACUCUGUCCCCCACACCUGCAGCACAAGCUUCCCAGCUGUGUGCUGGUCUGUCCUCCCAGGCGCCUGGGUGACCUCCAUAUGCAAUCGGUAGCGAGCAGCCAGGCCCCACAGACACUCACGCACUCUACAUGCCAUUCUCCUAUGAUGUUUUUUGUACUUAAUGUAUGAAAGAUCCAAACUAAUAUUGCUGUAAAAAGGAGAGACAAAUUAAUAUAGCUUAUUCUAUAAAUAUAUCUGUAUAUAAAGGUUUCUGUAUAUUGUAUAGAGCUGUGUAUAAACUGGAUGUAGAAGCACA